GCCUUGCAACACGGCUCCUUCCCGGGUUGUUGCCAACUUCGCUGGGCUCUGGCUUCCUCCAGCAGCACCAUGUCACUCUCAGCGUGCACCUCUGGGCUGCCCCGAUGGCCGUCUUCGCAGAGUGGGACAUCAGGCCAAGCCAGGGGCACAUCCGUUUCCAGUGUUGGAAGUGCUUGUACGGGAAGGGCCUUUGGCUUUGGAGGCAGCUAUGGCGGAGGCUUUUCAGCUGCUUCCAUGUUUGGUGCUGGUUCUGGCUUUGGGGGAGGCUCUGCAAGUUCCUUUGUUGGAGCACUGGGCUCAGCUUACGGGGGAGUCCUGGCAGGUGGCUUUGGAGGCCUGGGGAUUGGAUAUGGGGGAUGCCCAACAGGUGGCUCUCCAGGUAUCCUGUCUGGCAAUGAUGGAGGCCUUCUUUCUGGAUCAGAAAAGGAAACCAUGCAAAAUCUUAAUGAUAGAUUGGCUUCCUACCUGGAUAAGGUUCGAGCUCUGGAAGAGGCUAAUACUGAGCUAGAAAACAAAAUUCGAGAAUGGUAUGAAACACAAGUAUCUGGAACUGAAGACCCUGGGUCACAGAAUGACUACAAUAAAUAUUAUCCUUUGAUUGAAGACCUGAGGAAUAAGAUCAUUUCUGCCAGCAUGGGAAAUGCCCAGCUCAUCUUGCAGAUCGACAAUGCAAGACUGGCAGCUGAAGACUUCAGAAUGAAGGAGCUCCAAAGCUUCCGGGCAGGCAGCCCAGGCCAGGUCAGCGUAGAAAUGGACGCUGCCCCCGGAGUGGACCUCACCAGACUCCUCAAUGACAUGAGGGCGCAGUAUGAGGCCAUCGCUGAGCAGAAUCGUAAGGACGCAGAAGCCUGGUUCGUUGAAAAGAGCGGGGAGCUCAGGAGGGAGAUCAGCACCAACAAUGAGCAGCUUCAGUUCAGCAGGAGCGAGGUCACCGACCUGAGGCGCUCACUGCAAAACCUGGACAUCGAGCUCCAGAGUCAGCUCGCCAUGAAGAAAUCCCUGGAGGACUCGCUGGCCGAAGCCGAGGGCGACUACUGCGGCCAGCUGUCCCAGGUGCAGCAGCUCAUCGGCAGCCUGGAGGAGCAGCUGCUCCAGGUGCGCGCAGACGCCGAGCGCCAGAACGCCGAACAAGAGCGGCUGCUGAACGUCAAGGCCCGCCUGGAGCUGGAGAUUGAGACCUACCGCUGCCUGCUGGACACCGACGCCCCAAGUGAUGGUUUGGAUGAAAGUUCAUCUGAGACAGGCUCCAAAUCUCAAGCACAGUCAAUUGAUUCCUCUAAAGACCCAAGCAAAACCCGAAAAAUCAAGACUAUUGUGCAGGAAGUGGUGAAUGGUGAGGUGGUCGCAUCCCAAGUUCAGGAAGUUGAAGAACUCAUAUAAAAUUUCACAAGCUCUGCCCCAUAAUUGGUUCCUUAGGCACAAGAAAUUUACAAGUAGAAAUUAUUUCUCUCAGAGUAAGAUGCUAUAUUAGUUCACUCUCUAUUUUUGCCUGUUUCAUUUUCUUUGAAUUCCCUCCUGGAGUCCUUUUGCCCUUUAAUCACAAGUCAUUGUGGUCAUGUUAGUCUUUAUAACAAACCAAAAUUGCCUUAUACCUUUCUGGACCUUGAGUAAUCUUUUAGUUAACUUUCUUCUAGUGACCUGGAACAUGUUUUAAAUCAUGGGACUUUGAUCACAUAGUAUUGUCUCAAUAAAGAUGAAUGAUAAUCAUGUGAAA